CAUUCUACCCGUCCGGAUCACCCCUGCCAAUGUGGACGUGGAGCUCCGCGUCAAGACCAUAUCGGUGGGCGUGCACUUGAUGGACGUGCUCAAGAACGAGAAGGCGCUGGGCUUCUACCCCUGCCGGAUUAGAUUCGCGAUCGAGCCACUGCUGGGCGAUCCCAGCGCCGUCGCGAUCCCGCUCUACACGCCCAGGACCGAUGGCGGUGGUGGAUCUAGCAGCGGGGCUAGCACGAGGACAGGGAGCAGUGGUAAGAAGAUCGGCGUCCAGAUUGGAUUUGGGCCCUUGUCGAUCAGUGGCGAGAGGAGCUGGGGGGUGGGAUUCGAAGAAUCGACGGAGAGGGAGACGAUCAGUGCUGGGGAUUGGGAGGGCGUGGAGGAUGAAAUGGGGUCCGGGAACACGGCGGUGUUUGAGUGGAGGCUUUUGCGAUGGAGCCACAAUGGGGUGAGGUACAAUGCUGACAAUCCACACUCUGGAUUGAGCUUGUCUACCAAGUCUCUUAAGGCCCCAUUUCCAGGAGGAACCACAGGAAUCAAAGUGGAAAGCUUUCCAGACGUCAUGUGGCAUCUCCACCCAAGCAUGAGAUCCAAAUUUCCGCUCCAUUUCAGGUUCCAGUUGGAGGUGGAAAUGCAUCUGCUGUGGUUUGUGGGAAAGAAUCGACUGUUCCGAGUGGCCGAGUGGGGAAGAGAGGCGUUCCAGUUUUGUCACGAGUUUGAAGUCACAGAUGGUGUAAACUCCAUUGUCACCUGAAAAUGGCAUAUACUAGAAUGUCAUUGCUUAUAGAUUUUAAGGCUGUGAAAUUUCUUUCUAUGUACUACAACCACAGGAGAGUUCCUUUACUUGAACAAUGAACAUGCAAUACCUCCUAAGUUCCUACCA